AUGGCACCAACCACAUCUAUAGAGCGCCUUAUCAGAUCAAUCACAUCUGUCAAGCGCCUUACAAUAUGUUCAGAGAUGCGUUACAGUGGUGGUUUUGUCUUCAACCAGCUUGAGCAUUUGAAGCUAUGUGUAUGCGGAGGGGACUCAUCGAAUCUCCUUGCUAGGUUGCUCGAAGAUUCUCCUAACUUACGAGUGCUAGACAUCUUUGAAAUCGAUCAUGAUGAUAGGGAUUAUGAGGAACUAAUAAGUACUACUGUUCGCACUGUUCGUGAAAGUGUUCUGUCUAAUUUACGAACUUUUAACUGGUCAAGAUACUUUGAAAGAAGACCACAGGAGAUGGAUCUUGCGGUUUACAUCCUAGGAGAAAAAUGGUGUCUUAAAGACUGCAACAAUCUCGUCUGA